AUGUCUUCUACAAUGAGCAACGGAUUUGCACCUGAAAUCAGCGAAAAUAGCGGCGUAGACACCUUCAUAGACGCUUCGAAUGGAUUCAUUAGUUCUGCGCUCGAUUCUCCUGCUCAAGACAGCUCCACCGCUGGUACAUUCCUCUUCUAUCCUGACAUUGAUGAAUUUGACGAAACUGAUGAGGACAAUGAGCUCAAGCCGCCUCCAGUAUCGAUGAUGGACACUCGGCGGAGUCUGACUGGGCUGGCUCAGUUUAUGCUGCCAGCCCUGAUCGAGUCAGAGAACGUUACAGAAGCUCAACGUCCUGAAUACAGACAUCGUGCACUAUUGGGAAGGGCUCAUCAACAGAUUCGGAAGGGUGCUGCCGGUUUUAGAGAUAUAGCCGAACGAGCACAAGAAGUGGGUCGAAGACAAGUUGAGCAUUUCAAGAAGCAGCCACCAUUAUGUUUUAUAUUUAUGAACAGAGCCUACCAUCGAUAUGGAUUGAAGCACAUCGUACUUAUACUGGUAUUUCUUGCCUACACAGCUUUCGGCGCUUUCAUUUUUCUAGUCGCUGAGGGACCGUAUCAAAAUAGUCUGAAAGAGCGAUGGAGUGAGCGCAUCGCUCAAAAUCGCUCACGUCGGGUCCAAGAGCUUAUGUCACGGGCUUUCAAUAAUUCAGAAUAUUUGGUGUACAUUAAAGGAAACACAUCUGAGCGGUUACAAAAGCUGUUCAAUGACGAGUUUGAGUCAUAUGAACACCAACUGGGAAUUCGCUGGAGCGAACAACGAAUGGAAUGGGAUUUUUGGACAGCUCUGCUUUUCGCUGGGACUGUUUGUACAACAAUAGGAUAUGGUCAUAUUUACCCAGUAACAAAUGCUGGCAAGAUUCUCACUAUGAUAUUUGCCUUAUUCGGAAUUCCAUUAGUUCUUUUGGUUUUGCAAGAUAUCGGCAAGCUGUUGACUAUCACUAUGAAAUUUCCAUGGUUUCAAACAAAGCGCAUUACGAGGAGGAUACUUAGGUGUUGUACGAAGCAAUCGCUCCGAGAAAUGCAAGAAAUCGAAGCUUGUGAACGUAGGGACCUUGAGAUUUUUGAUUUACCUAUUGUUGUUGGAGUAUCCUUGAUAUUCGGCUGGGUACUGCUUUGUUCGAUGGUGUUAUCUGUUUGGGAUCAAAAAUGGUCUUUAUUAGAAUCGUUUUAUUUCUUCUUCAUAUCUUUGAGCACCGUUGGUCUGGGCGAUCUAGUGCCAUCCUCACCUCGUCUUCUUGUUACGAUGUUUGGAUUCAUUCUUAUUGGGCUUUCCUUAGUUUCUAUGGUUAUCAACCUGUUGCAAACCAAGAUGAAAAAGACGUAUGAAGCCGGAAGAGUGACACAUGACGGCAGCAUCAUAGACAAUGCCCUAGUGAUUUCUUCUUCAACCGAGAAACUUAAAAAUUCUCCGACUCGUGAAGAACCUCAGUCAAUAUCGGAACGUAGCCUUAGUAGAUCGACUCAGACGAACUUGAGUCUACCGGGAGUGAGGCAGGUUGUACUUCGUUCCGACGGUGUUCACUGGGUAACUGAUGAAUUACCACUGAAAAGCCCAGACGAGGUGACCCACCUGCUAGAGCACGAGACUGCUUUGCGAGUCUGCGAACAAAUAGGUGAUAAUAACGAGGACGACGACAACAACACUGAUAGCCUUGGUGAGACCGAUGCUUUACUUGAAAAAGAAGAGGACUAUCCUUAG